AGUGGAGAAAAUGCACAUGAUUCACAUAUUGGUUAUGGUUACAUGCUUCAGUCAGUGAUCGGUGAUAGUUCUAACAAGUUUUUGAUUGCCAAGCUUCAACUUAUUAAUUCCACGCCCAUCUAUGGUCCUGACAUCAACAAUCUUGAAUUUUUUGCAUGCUUCGAAACGAAAGAUCGCCUGCGAGUUCGCAUCACCGACUCCGAUCACCGGCGAUGGGAGAUCCCGCCGGAGAUCAUCCCACGCGAAGCCCCCAAUGUUGUCCUUCGAUCACCAAAAGAAACCCUACUUCUCUCCUCCGGCGACUCCGAUCUCAUUCUCACCCUUCGCCGCAGCUCCCCCUUCACCUUCUUCAUCUCCCGCCGAUCCACCGGCGAUGUACUCUUCGACACUGCCGUCCCCUCCAUCACCUCCGGCAUCGUCUUCAAGGACCAGUACCUGGAGCUCUCCUCCUCCCUUCCCGGCGACCGCUCCUCCAUCUACGGCCUCGGCGAGCACACGAAAGAGACCUUCCGGCUAAUUCACAAUGAUACCUUCACGUUGUGGAACGCCGACAUCGGAUCGGCAAACCUCGAUCUCAAUCUCUACGGCAGCCAUCCCUUCUACAUGGAUCUCAGAUCCUCGCCGCCGGGAACCACCCAUGGCGUCCUUCUCCUCAACAGCAACGGCAUGGACAUCAACUACGCCGGAUCUCACAUCACGUACAAGGUCAUUGGCGGAGUUCUCGACUUCUACUUCUUCGCCGGCCCAUCGCCAUUAUUGGUGAUGGAGCAGUACACUGAUCUCAUUGGCCGGCCAGCUCCGAUGCCGUACUGGUCGUUUGGCUUUCACCAAUGCCACUUUGGGUACAAGAACGUCAGCGAUCUUGAAUCCGUCGUCGCCGGCUACGCCAAAGCUGGGAUCCCUCUGGAGGUCAUGUGGACGGACAGUGACUAUAUGGACGCAUCCAAAGACUUCACUCUCGAUCCAGUGAACUUCCCGCAGGAGAAUAUGACCAAAUUCGUGAAUCAACUGCAUGAAAACAGGCAAAGGUAUGUGAUGAUCAUUGAUCCAGGCAUCAACAUCAACAAGAACUAUUCAACCUUCUUGCGAGGAUUGAAAGCUGAUAUUUUUUUGAAAAGAAAUGAAGUGAAUUACCGUGGUAGUGUUUAGCCUGGUGAUGUUUAUUUCCCCGACUUUUGGAAUCCAAAAGCUUCAACUUUUUGGUCGGAAGAGAUUGAGAUUUUUAGGAAGACGAUUCCUGUUGAUGGAUUAUGGAUUGAUAUGAAUGAGAUUUCUAAUUUCAUUGAUCCUUUGCCGCAGAAUCAAUUGGAUGAUCCUCCUUAUAAGAUCAACAAUGCAGGAGUUCAGAGGCCAUUGAGUAAUAAAACUGUGCCUGCUUCUUCUAUUCACUAUGGGAAUUUCACGGAGUAUGAUGUGCAUAAUCUGUAUGGGUUCUUGGAGUCAAAGGCAACGCAUGAUGCAUUGGUGAAGGAUACCGGGAAGAGAGCGUUUGUGUUAAGUAGGUCUACUUUUGUUGGGUCGGGGAAGUAUGCCGCGCAUUGGACGGGAGACAAUGCAGCUACUUGGAAUGAUCUUGCUUAUUCAAUUCCGACCAUGCUUAGCUUUGGCUUGUUUGGGAUUCCCAUGGUUGGAGCUGAUAUUUGUGGCUUCAGCCGAGGCACUAAUGAAGAGCUUUGCAGACGUUGGAUUCAGCUAGGAGCAUUCUAUCCUUUUGCGAGGGAUCAUUCCGACAAGUACUCAACCCGGCAAGAGCUCUAUCUGUGGGACUCUGUAGCGCGAUCGGCAAGGAAGGCGCUUGGGCUCCGAUACCGUUUGCUUCCCUACUUUUACACUCUAAUGUAUGAAGCUCAUUCACAGGGGAGCCCUAUAGCAAGGCCUCUCUUCUUCUCCUUCCCAGAUGACACUGAUACUUAUGGGAUUAGUACUCAGUUUCUCAUCGGGGAAGGAGUGAUGGUAUCGCCGGUGUUGUCACCAGGGGCCGUAUCUGUGAAUGCUUACUUCCCCAAAGGCAAAUGGUUCAAUCUAUUCAACUAUUCUCUGGUGGUGAAUGCCAGUUUUGGGAGGUAUGUGCCUCUUGAUGCUCCGGAGGACACUAUCAAUGUACAUGUGAAGGGAGGGCAUGUACUUGUGAUGCAAGAAGCAGGAAUGUCUACAAUGGCUGGAUCACAGAGUGGGUUCCAGCUUCUAGUGGCUCUUGAUGACAAUGGAAAGGCAGAAGGCAAAGUUUUUGUGGAUGACGGAGAGGUGGUGGAGAUGGGAGGAGAGGAUCUGAGCCAAUGGAGUUUAGUGAGGUUCAGUGCUGGUGUUGAAGGUGGUGAUCUGAAGCUCAAGUCAAAGGUGAUUAAUGGGAUAUAUGCAUCAGAUAAGAAGAUUAGUGUGAAAAAUGUGGUUGUGCUUGGGUUGAAAAAUGAGAGUGCUGUUAAUGGAGGUUUGAAUAGCAUCAGUGGGGUUAAUGUUACUGAUAAUUGUGUAGGCUUUGGAGUUGCAGAAAUUGAUGGCUUGUCAUUGAUGCUUGGAGAGCCUUUUGAGUUGAAGGUUACAAUGGCAGCUUUGAAUGUCUGACUGAGGACGGUAUAAGUCAUAAAAUUUCUCCAGCUUGCUUCUUCUAUUUGACAUUAUGUACAACCUUCAUAUGCUCUAAAUUAGACUGCUUUGCAUAUUGAGAAUAUAUUAGUAAAUGGAAGCACUACAUUAGUAGAAUACUGGCCACAAUUAUUCAUGUUAACCAAACAUGAUCAACGGUACUUUCCAAUCAUAAGAACUAAGAAAUGGCGGGACGUUCCACCAGAAAAACAAAGACUGCAAAUUAAAAAUAAAAAACAAAGGUUUGUUUUCUCACAUCAUACUUGAUUGUAGGUUUGAGAGGAGCAAUAACUUAAAAAAAGCGCAUU